UGUCAAAUUCAGGCUGACUCUUUUUUUUUACAAUCGAGGAUUUGGAACAUUCGUAAUCUGAAAGUAAAUAGAGGGAAGUUUAUUCUGUGCUGCGUUUCACAACGAGCUCAGAAUGGUUCUUUGACGGCACCAUCUAAGCAAAGGUUCCAGAUUGGUGACAAAUUUAGAUCACCUUCAACCCCUUCAACCGCAGUGAAGCAUAGGGGCUAAGUUUGUUUUGGUGUCGUUGGCAGUUUUAGUUUUACAACAAAUAAUUCAGUUCGUGUGUGGGUCUGAUGAAAAAGUAUAAUUACAACAAGGUCAGCCAGCGGGAAUCGGAAGUACAAUCAUCACCGAUCAACGGCAACGUCGGAUCGUCGACGGUGAUCGAAACCGGAAUGUACGUCCGCGAUUGGCGUCAGGCUCUGCGUACGCCACCCUCUUAUCGGAUCGGAAACCGAACAAUCCGGUUGCAGGUUCAUCUGAUAUGGCCACUGGCUGUACUGGCAGGAGUAGUUCUGCUUCUCAUUUACCUAGUCAGUUCAUCGCCCCUGGUCACGAAUGGGCCCCGAAUCUCCAGCCUUGACAAAAGUGCAGUGAUUUUCUACAAUCACACAUAUCCACUGACCAGCCCGAUCGUUAGCAAUGGAAUGUAUUCGUUUCGAAUAGGAAUAAUUGCAGAUCUGGAUACGGCUUCCCGGGCUGCUGCCGGCAAGGAUUCGUGGAGCAGCUUCCUGCUGAAGGGAUAUCUAAGCUACAUACCGUCGAAGAACAGUAUUACCGUUUCCUGGGACGAGUCCGGGCCGAAGGAAAUCAAGUCGAGUUUUUCCCUAAAAGGCCGGGGCAUGGAACUGUCCGAGUUAGUCGUGUUCAACGGGAGGCUUCUAACUUUUGACGAUCGCACGGGACUAGUGUAUGUCGUCGAUAAGGAUGCCGUCUAUCCGUGGCUGUUGCUGAUGGAUGGCGACGGAAAAGCCAGCAAAGGAUUCAAAUCCGAAUGGGCUACCGUCAAAGAUCAGGUUCUCUACGUAGGCUCUAUGGGCAAAGAGUGGACAACGGCUGCUGGGGAGUUUGAAAAUAACAAUCCUAUGUACGUGAAGGCUAUAACCGUUCAUGGAGAGGUUUAUCAUCUCAACUGGGAGUCUAAUUUCAAAGCGCUUCGCAGUGCCAUUGGCAUCGAGUGGCCCGGCUACAUGAUCCACGAAUCGGGUGUCUGGUCCAACGAGUAUCGGCGCUGGUUCUUUCUUCCUCGGCGCUGUUCCAAAGAUCGGUACAAUGAAACCCGCGACGAGCACAACGGCUGCAAUUAUCUUCUGUUGGCGGAUGAAUCUUUUCACUCCGUCAAACCGGUGGAGUUGAAGCGAACAAACGUUCCGCGAACGCAUGGAUUUUCCAGCUUCAAAUUUUUGCCGAGCACCAACGAUAACAUCAUCGUGGCUUUGUCUACGGAAGAACUGAACGGAAAAACUUCAACCUUCAUUAGCGCGUUCAAUGUUCAAGGCGAAGAAAUAAUGCCUGAAACUCGGAUACCGACCAGCUAUAAGUUUGAAGGACUUGAGUUCAUGUAAGGGAGAAGGAUUAGUGUUCCCGGAUCAUCCUCAGUCGAACUGAAUAGUAAUUAGGUAAAUCAAUUGUUGUACAUAGCCCAAACUGUACCAGGAAACCCUGAUACUCGUAUCACACCGCAGCGAAAACGCAUAGAAAGAGUAUUACUACAUUCUACAGGAUACACAUAACAAACAAGAUUAUAUUAGGUUCAGUUUAUCCUAAACGCCACUAGCGAAACGACAGAAGAGAACAAUAGAAUCACAUUAGUUACAAAGAAAUUUAAAUUUACUAUGUAAUAGUUCCACUUCACUGAAAUUGACUAUUCUGCUGGCUAAAGUGUUUUAUAUCGUUCGACCCUUGUUGUGAUAUUAUUUUCUAAUUUAUUGAGAACGAAAUCAAUAAAGUAAAAACGGAUCCAA